UUUUAUUUUUCUUUCUAGAGGCUAGUUUGAAAGCUAGAAAUUAGUUUGGUUGAUGAGAAGAGUAUUGUCACUAUUCAUUAUUUCCAGUUACUACUUGAUAAAUAGUGGAAGAAGGAAUUCAUGUGCUUGGAUUGAGUUUUUUUUCCUUCUAGGAAAAUUUAAAGUUUCAGAUAUAAACCACAUACAUUAACUUUUAUGUGAUGGGGACACACAUCAGAUAAUCUUUCUCAAAGCUUUUUUUGGUGGAGUGAUGGGAGGCAGAAUUUUGGGAUAUAAGUACAUCUGGAAAAGGAGACUCUUCAAAAAUAUUCUUCCUGCUUUAGCCACGAGCUUUGAAAUUGCCUUGCCAGCUUGGGUAGUUGACCAGAAAAAUUCAAUUUUGGUUCUCCUUGUAUAUGGAUUGGCAUUCAUGGUUAUCCUUCCCGUUGUUGUGGGCUCAUGGUGGUACCGCACAAUAUGCUAUAGUGGAGACCAGAUUCUAAUACGCACAAUGCAAAUUUAUACGUAUUUUGUUUAUAAAACCCGAAAUAUGGAUAUGAAAUGUCUUAUCAUGGUAUUGGCUGGAGCCUCUGAAUUUGAUCCUCAGUGUAAUAAAGAUGCCACAAGCAGACCAACAGAUAAUAUUCUAAUACCUCAGCUAAUCGGAGAGAUUGGAAGCAUUAACUUAAAGAAGAAUGAGCCUCCACUCACCUGCCCGCAUAGCCUGAAGGCCAGAGUUCUUUUACUAUGUCAUCUUGCAGGAAUGAAAAUCCCCGAGACCCUUGAAGAAGAUCAGCAAUUUAUGCUGAAAAAAUGUCCUGCCCUCCUUCAAGAAAUGGUGAAUGUAAUCUGCCAACUGAUAAUAAUGGCCCGGAGCGUGAAGGGCAGAAGGAAGGAGGGGUUUGUGCUCAGAAGGGAGUUUCGUGCUCCAACUUUGGCGUCCCUAGAGAACUGCUUGAAGCUUUCCCAGAUGGCCAUGCAGGGCCUCCGGCAGUUCAUCCCUCUGCUGCAGCUCCCCCACAUCGAGGAGGACAACCUCAGAAGGGUCUCCAAUCAUCAAAAGUACAAAAUUAAAACUAUCCAGACCUUGGUGAGUUUAAAAGAAUCAGAUCGUCACCAUCUACUACACUUCCUUGAAGAUGAGAAAUAUGAAGAGGGGAUGGCCGUCCUUGGGAGUUUCCCGUACGUCACGAUGGACAUCAAGUCACAGGUUCUGGAUGACGAAGACAGCAACGACAUCACAGUGGGGUCCCUAGUGACGGUGUUGGUGAGGCUGAUGAGGCAGACGAUGGCAGAAGUAUUUGAAAAGGAGCAGUCCAUCUGUGCCGCAGAGGAGCAGCCGGCAGAAGACGUGCAGGGCGACGCCAGCAAGAGCAGGACAAGAGGAGGAUGGCAGCAGAAGAGUAAAGGACCCAAGAAAACAGCUAAAUCAAAAAAAAAGCCUUAAAAAAAAAAGCCUACACCUGUGCCCUUACCACAGUCAAAGCCACAGAAACAGAAGCAGGCAAAUGGAGACGUUGGGAGUGAAGCGGCCGUCAAGGACGACGACGAGGAGGUUUCGGUCAAAGGCAGUGAGUCUGAGGACGAAGAGACCGACCGGGAGUCCCGGAGCGGGAGGGACGGCGGCAGCGAGCGGGACCCCGAGGGACAGCAGGACGGGAAGCAGAGCAGGGACGACGGAGCCGAGUGGCGGGAACUGCAGCAGAGUGUACAGCGCAAGGAGCGGGCGCUGCUGGAGACCAGGCCCCAGAUAACGCACCGUGUACACUGUCUUUUCUCUUUGCAGGAAAAACAAGAAUGGUGGUGGCUUUAUAUUGCAGAUAGGAAGGAACAGACGUUAAUAUCUAUGCCAUAUCAUGUGUGUACACUAAAAGACACUGAGGAGAUAGAACUGAAGUUUCCUACACCAGGCAAGCCUGGAAAUUAUCAGUAUACAGUGUUUCUGAGAUCAGACUCUUAUAUGGGUUUGGAUCAGAUUAAGCCAUUGAAGUUGGAAGUUCAUGAGGCUAAGCCUGUGCCAAAAAAUCACCCGCAGUGGGAUACAGUGAUAGAGGGGGACGAGGACCAGGAGCACAGUGAGGGCUUCGAAGACAGCUUCGAGGAGGAGGAGGAAGAUGAUGACUGAGCAGUGCGGGGAAGGGGCCACAGGGUUUGCAGAUAUACUUGCAAAUUUGUGUUCUUUUGGAAAUGUCUAAUAAACCAGAAAGAGUGCUGAACUGAUGUUGAGGGAAGUGUUAGUUCCUGAAAUGGGUGCAUAACCAGACAGUGGUGGUGCCCCGGUACAGUCGGAAUGUGCUGAAGGCUUGUUAGGGCCUCUCAAGUUUGGGAUGGUGCAUUUAUUUUGUCUGCAAAUUAUAAUAAACCCUUUGUUACAACUGUCAGGAGGUCUUGAAGGAUGGGCAGAAAAGGUGGGCAGUUG